AUGCCUCUCCUCACCCAACACUUGAAUGGUCGUGAAGCCUCGACGUCCAACGCUCCUUCAGGCUCCGAUUCAGACGCCUCGCCUGAGUUAGUCUCAACCUACGACUUGCGCAUAAUUGGCUGGCUAUCGGGCGUCGCAGCAGUGAUUAUGCUCUACAUUAUCCUUCGCUACUGCUCCCUCUUCCGUCGGCAUCGAGCCCGCAAACCAAGGAGACAAACCCAUAAGCGAUGGGCAAGAAUGCUGGACCAGCGGUGGACCAACGAAACGGUGUCGCUACCGGCCGCGAUUCCCCCUGGCUCGCCCAGGGCCAUCGGUCCCGAAGCUGUCUCGGAUGGAGAGUCUGACAGAAACUCCAUGCAUAUGGCGGACAGCAGCUUGGAGAUGGACGACCUUUCUUGGAAACUUGAACCUGAGAGCCGAAAAGCGUUCACAACUCCGACUCCACCUUCGGGCCCGAGAUUCGAUGUUCCAGGACUGGAUAUCGAUGAUUUCAUGGGGAGACGAUUGGCAAUCGAAGAGGCAGCGCAAGCCAGGCCUAACAGCGUGGGUAACAAGAACCCCUCUUCUUCUUUCGCCUUCAUUCGCAUUCGUGAACGGAACAGGAAAAGGCUGACGACGCGAAUGGCCAAGGGGAGGCACACCUAUCCGCCACUUGAGUCCUCCGAUUCGAGUACCUCCUUGCUGUCAGGGCCGUCCUCUGCCCAAAUGCCUCCGGAAUCGCGUCGGAGGAGCUGGGCUCGCUGGACUAACAUCAUUUCCAUUAUUCUCCACAUCGGGCUGGUCCUAGCUCACGUCGUUCUCCUUGCUCUUGCGCUUCACCACGUUGAGCACCGCAUCGCUUUCCCCAUUGCACGACAGUCUAUAAUCGCGUUCCUCGUGACUUCGCUGCUGACGGGUUGGUCUAUUAUUUAUCUUACAGCCGCUGUAUUUGUAACGCAACGGCUCGCGACACUCCUCAACAUCCAUUCACGACAAACUCUGACAGCGACUAACGACAACAUAGCCUCUUGGGGUGGCCUUGGCUCCUCCCUCCUCAGUAUUUACCGCCAACGCACGAUUUCUGCAGCCGUUGGCUCAUCGUUUGCGAUCGCAUUAUACCUGGGAGGUAUAUCAAUGCUUCAAAUCAGUACGCCAGCGCUGGUAUCAGUGGCUGGCUUCAAUGGCACACAAUUCUCGGGAAUAGUAUCCACUUUAGGACUGCCCGACUACGCCAAUCUUUCACUGGAGAAUCCUGGCGCCGGCGCUUUUGUUGGGUUUUCUGCAACGUUCUUCCCAUGGAUGUCGAAUUUAAACGAGACACAUCGAGUGGGGCUAUUCAACGGGUCUAUAUAUGAGACCGUGAAUCACGCUGCUAAUCCCGACUUACCUUUGGGCAUUGCAAAUGUUUGGGCCACUGGCUUCGAGAUCAACUGCGGGUACCUGCCGGGCUCUGUCAACAAGACCUCGGGAGAUUCUUGGGCUUUUGAUCUUGGCGGCGACGGUGGAAUACACAAUAAGUCCUCGCUUUACACGACAGGCCCAAACAUCACUCUAUUCAACCCAACUAUCGGCGAUACCCCCGCAAACGCGAUCAUUCUCUUCACCACGAACAAGAUCAUUGACUCUAGCGGCAGAACACCAGAUGCAGGUGUGGUCCACCUCGACAAGCCAAUGCGGACCGGCGAUCUUCAAAUAGAUCAAGUACAGUUCCUCCUGUGCACUCGCGAGCUUGUGAGGCAACACGCCAGCAUUUCACUGCAAGACAAUCAAAUCGAUUCCCAAUCCUUGAAUCCAAGUAUACACAAGACGCGCUCCACAUGGCGCCCUUAUACGGACGUAUGGUCGCUCUCGCGACCCAUCUAUGAUGUCUUCAACAAUGUCACAAGCUUGGUAGAGAGCGAUGCGUGGGCCAGCCUGAUGGAUGGGACUCCGGACUCGUCGGUUCCACUUGGAGUAAGCCCUGCUUCGAGUGGAUUGUCUACAGCUUCAUUAUUCCUGAUGGAACGCCUCAACCUCGAGCCAACCUGGCUUCUUACCGGAAACAAUACGCGCAGCGAUGCUAUCAACAGCGUCCGACCGAUUUAUCUCCACGAGAUAGAGAAUGCGCUCUCUGAGCUCGUGGCAACGAUUUUCUGGAUGAUGGGCCACAUCACCGCAGACCCUUUACAAAUGGCGCUCAGCUCAGUCACGACCGUUGGCCCGACUCGUGCCGACAUGCUUUUACCCACUUUACAGACUGGCGCAGGCACCGCAAAGGCCUAUGUGCUUCAAGCACGAUUGGAGCUUAAUAUAAUCGCCGUUUCAAUUGGUCUUGCCGCUUCUGCCUUAGUUUGUGCGCUAGCAUUGCGAUACGCCCUGCGAACGAACGAGGAAUCUGUCCUACAAAGGGCGAUCAACGCUCCUGGCCUCCUGCAGACGAUGUGGCUGGCAGAACAGCAUGCCGGGCUGCAUGAAAAGCUCGUCCAGAUUCACAAGCCGAGCAACGAACGACUACGUCGCGCGGCAAUGGUCAGCGUCAAGCUUGCCCAAGACAAAGAAGGCGAAGCUUUACGAGACUUCCCAAAGGAACCCGGACCAGCUGCCGAUCGACGAAAACCUCUGUACUCACGCACCGACCAGCUCAUCUGCCUCGCGCUCCAUGUCGUGCUGAUUUUGGUGCAUGCGAUUCUUCUUGGCGUCUUGUUGAAUCACCAUGCGGAGCAUCGGAUAACUUAUCCAUUGGCUAGGCAGAGAUCUAUGUCUUUGUGGGUUACAAUUAUUUCCACUGGCCUUGGCACACUCUAUCUCGCAUUCGUGCUCUUCCUAACCCAACGUGCUGCGUUAAAGCGACUGCUCGACAUCCGACAGCCACUCUCGGCCACGCAUGAUCAAGUAUCCUCGUGGAACGGACUCGGCGCAGCGCUUGCAGCUAUCCUCAAUCAAUUUACUCUUCCCACGGCCAUAAACGGGACACUUGCGGUUCUUUUGUAUCUCGGGGUACUGGCGCUGUUGCAUGUCACGAUCCCUUCAAUGUUAUCCGUGCAAGCCUUCAACCAGACAACGAUUAUUCCGGUCACGACGUUGGGCCAACCGUUGUGGGCCUCCGAAGACAAUGCGAAUAACGGGAGCGCCGAAUUCUUGAAGGAUAUUGGCCAGUUCAUGGUUUGGCGGGACACUCUCAACGACUCUAUGGUCGGAUUGUGGGAGAACACCCUCUACGACGUCCUCGAGGAGGGUAUUUCGACGGUAACAAACCCGUCUAGGUUUGUUGAGGUCACGGCCACGGCAUUCAAUGUCACUUGCGGCUUCCCAGAGGAAGUUACUUCGACGAAAGUUGCUUUGCGCGACCGACCGAACAUCUCCUGGAAUCUCUCCGUGAAGGUCGAGAAUGGGGAAAGCAUUUGGUUCUUGCCUCCACCGUCGGGACCAAACAUCUUAACGUCGUUUCCAAUGGUGCCUGGCACGUUCAGUGAACAGACCGGCGUGCGCUCCGCGUAUGUGUGGCCUUCCUUGAUCCUAUAUACCACCGCCAGCGUCGUGGACUCCUUUGGAAAUUCAGGGCCUUCCGUCAAAUUUGCGCCUGGCUCACUCGAUGGCAACGGGACUGUUCCUUCCCUCCAGCUCAUCCGGUGCUCGCGCUCACUGGUGAACCAAGAGGUCACCGUUGACACGAUAACGAGGCUGCUAAAUUCCACCAGUCUCACGCCAAGUGUCCGCAAAACAAGCUCUAAAUGGAGCGCGUAUUCUGAUCCUGCUCCGGGGAUUUCAGUGACCGAGCGGGUCACAGAUCCUAGAGGACCAUUGGAGAGCGGGCUGUGGCCGCUAGGGGGUCUGGGGAGCUUCGUUCCGCUGACGCUUGUGCCUGAUGAGUUCGACACACUCUCUCUUAUGGACCUAUUCGUUAUGGAUAAGCUCAAGCUCAACCCGUCGUGGCUCAAGACGAACAAUACGGCGUCCUCUCCCAUCCAGACGGUGCAGCUCCACAAUCUCGAGAACGCUUUGGCCGAUUUCGCUGCGUCUUUCUUCUGGGUCGCCGGACACAUCGAACUUCCCCGGCUCGAGUCCAAGUACCAGUUCACCGACGAUACGAGCCCGUCCCGCUCGACGUUCAAGAACAGCAAGGCGCCUGUACUCCAACGGAAGACCGUCACGGUCGAGAUGAAUAGACUGGCGGCAAGGGUCGAGCUCAAUCUUAUCGCGGUUUUUGCGGGGCUGUUGGCGUCGCUGGUCUCACUCGUUAUCGCGUUCAAGCUUGUAUGGCACAAUUCACAGUCGGGCAGCUCACGUGGCGGGGGCAUCACGACCCUCAACAUUCUCCAAAUCGUCUGGCUGUUCCGCAACAAUCCACAGCUCGCUGGCCUGGAGCUGGAGCGCGUCGCGACUCCGACGGAGGAUAACUUGAGGGCGGCGGGAAUGGUGGAGGCGGCCAGUCGUAAUGCGGACACCGAGUGUGAAAAUUGCUGCCACAUUCGCGACAAAAUAUACUUGUAA